AUGUCCAUUGUGCUCAAUUCUUUUUUUAGGCUUCCUAACAAGGGUGUGGUGGAAGUCUGGAUGCCUGCAUUGGCACUUUUAGAUAAUGAUGAGGAUGAUCUCUAUAUGAUACCUCCACCUGAGACUGUACAUAAUGAGAAUGCCAAUAAUAGUGAAGAUGAGGAUGAUCUCUAUAUGACUCCUCCACCUGAGAAUCUCUUUAGACCUUCCCAUUAUGCUACUUCUAAUCCUGCUCAGCCUCCUAUUUCUCUUGCACCACCCAUUCAGCUUCACCAGCCUGCCACACUUGCUCCUCCUAUCCAGUCAUACUAUUCUGUAGUUGCUACUCCCUCUGCUCCAUCAUAUUAUCCUGCUCAAUAUGUUCCUCCCCACUUUUAUCCUGCUCCCAUGUUCCAACACUCUAUCCAUCAUGGUGCUAUGGCUUACCAAAUUCCUGGACAGUAUCCUAUCUAUGCUCUUCCUCCAAUGCCUGCACCACCACCUCAUUAUUGGCCUAUGAAUGUUUCUGCCUAUCCUAAUCUUCCAUGA